AUGCGCCGAGCGGUGCGCGAUAUUUCCGUUAACUGGGCCGCGUCGUUCUAUGCUCGGAGCGGGGCGAUUUGUGAUGACGUUUUGGGGGUCAGUAUCUUUAUGGCCGAUCGAGGGUCGCCGGAGCCGAUGUUAUUAGAUAGGGAUGAUCGCACCCUGUCUAAAACCUCUGUGCACCGCUGCACUGUGGUCGACCACAGCGCAGCAAAUCCGCUCGGAAUGAGCAACGCGCGAAUGCGGGAAACGCUGAAAAGGCGCCACGUGCGAGAUGGGCUAUUCAAUCGGUCCAUACGCGAGCCAUUUAGCGAGGCGCGCUUAGUCAAACGCUGGGGUGGGAGCGUGCCGAGUGCCGCUCUGAGUUUGACGGGGGCUCGUGUCGUU